CAAAAAAUUCUGCGCCUUGGAAUGAGUUUCAAAGGAGAAAAACAGAGCAAGAGAAAGAGACGUGGUGAAUGAUGAUAAAACGAGGUUUCUUCAUGGAGAAGCAGAGAAAUAGAAACCUCCCAAUUCCACCAUUAAUCCCAAYACCCAACAAAACAAAAACAAAAAGUUUCAAACUUUCAAGAGAGAGAGAGAUCAGAAGAUAUCAUAUAUAUCUCAAGAAAGAGACCCAAAGCCUUCUAAAUUCUCAAUUCUUUCUCUCUCUCUCUAAACUUUUGCUCUCUUUCCUUCAUAUUUAAAUUCUGAUUCUUCAGUUUCCCCCCUCCAAAACCCCAUUUCCAAGCUCUCCUCAGUUUACUCAAAUCCUCUGUUUUUCCAAAUCCCUCUGUUUUUUCUUGUUUUCUGGUCGAAAAUGGCGUAACCCAGAUGGCGAACCACCGAUUGGGGGACUCGGGUUUAUCAAACUCUGCUCCCUUUGCGGCCUUCCAUGGAAUCCCCCAUAACCCAUCUCCCAGUUUCAUAAAUCAAGAAGGCCCAGCUUUUGAUKUUGGGGAGCUAGAAGAAGCCAUAGUUCUGCAGGGGGUGAAGCUCGGAAAUAAUGAAGAACCCAAAUCGCCACAUUUUCUCACAGGGAGGCCUGCUGCAACUCUUGAAAUGUUCCCUUCUUGGCCAAUAAGGUUCCAACAGACCCCAAGAUUGGGAGGUUCAAAGUCAGGGGGAGAGAGCACAGAUUCAGGAUCAGGAAAUAUGAACAAAUUAGAAAUGGAAAUGGAGGCUGAAUCUCCAGUUAGCAGAAGGGCAUGUUCUUCUUCAACUCAGGGAUUUGACCAAAUUCAUCAACAUCAUCUUCAACUUCAAAAUCUUCAAACAGAGAUGGAAGAUGAUGAUGCCUUGAGAACAGAGCCAUCAUCUCAAUCCCCUGCCAAAGAGAAGCAGAGAAAAGGUGCUGGUUCAAGUUCAGAGAGGCAGCUCGAUGCCAAGACACUUAGACGUUUGGCUCAAAACAGAGAAGCUGCAAGAAAGAGCCGUCUGAGGAAGAAGGCUUAUAUUCAGCAGCUAGAAUCCAGUAGAAUCAAGCUCUCUCAGCUUGAACAAGACCUCCAUAGAGCACGUUCUCAGGGGUUGUUUUUGGGUGCUUGUGGUGGUGUUAUGGGUGGCAAUAUCAGCUCCGGAGCGGCAAUAUUUGAUAUGGAAUAUGCGCGGUGGCUAGACGACGACCACCGUCUGAUGGCGGAGCUGAGAGCGGCGCUGCAGGGGCAGUUGCCGGACGGCGAUAUGCGGGCAAUAGUAGACAGUUAUAUCUCUCACUACGACGAAAUUUUCCAGCUGAAAGGAGUGGCCGCAAAAUCUGACGUCUUUCAUCUCAUCACCGGAAUGUGGAUGACGCCGGCGGAGCGUUGCUUCCUCUGGAUCGGCGGUUUCCGGCCAUCAAAGCUCAUAGAGAUGUUAAUUCCACAAUUAGAUACAUUGACGGAUCAACAGGCGAUGGGAAUCUGUAGUUUGCAACGAUCUUCUCACGAAACAGAGGAUGCUCUGUAUCAGGGGCUGGAGCAGCUGCAGCAUUCUCUGAUAAUCACCAUCGCCGGCGGCGCCGUCCUCGACGGCAUCAACCAAAUGGCCGCCGCCGCCGGGAAGCUCGCCAAUCUUGAAGGUUUCAUCCGCCAGGCUGAUAUGUUGAGACAACAAACACUUCACCAAUURCGUCGAAUAUUGACAGUUCGACAGGCAGCACGAUGUUUCGUGGUGAUUGGAGAGUACUAUGGAAGGUUACGAGCUCUUAGUUCCUUGUGGAUCUCCCGACCAAGAGAGAACUGCCUGAAUGAUGAAAAUUCAUGCCAAACAACAACAGAGCUGCAGAUGAUUCAGAAUUCCCACACCCAUUUCCCAAACUUUUGAUCAAAACCAAACCAACAGAGAUGAAAYAUAUGAAGGCCAGCUUCCCUUUCCCAAGACACCAAUUAUUGAAACUAUAUGUGUUGUUAGAAAAAUUSCCAUUUUGGGCUGCUUUGCUAUCAUAUAUUUCAUCCAUUUAGAAGAGAUCAUAUAGAACUUUCAUAUUCCCUCUCUCCUAUGCCCUUUUACCAUGUUGUCCUCUCAAUGUAAAUCAAUCCAAUGGGGAAAAGAAGUAAGUUCUGAAAAAAUUAGUCA